AUGUCCUCGGCCCCCACAUCGGCGACGGCGGUCGUGCAGCUGCCACCUCUUAUAGACUGCCACGUGCACUUCCGCGAGCCUGGCCUCGAGCACAAGGCGGACAUCGCCAGUGAGAGCACCGCGGCGUACUACGGCGGCAUCGCAGUUGCCUGCGACAUGCCCAACACAAGCCCGCCGACGCAGAGCAUUGCCGCGUUGGCGGACAAGGUGGCGCGCGCCAAGGCCACCGCCCACGCCGAGUGCAAGCUCUUUUUCUUUUUUGGCGCGACGGCCGAGGCGCACCUGCAGGAGCUCGAGGAGCUCUGGACGAACCCGGCGCACGCGGAGCUCAAGACUCACUGCUGCGGACUGAAGCUGUACCUCGACAACUCCACCGGCAACAUGAAGUCCAGCCACUCUGUCGUGGUGAAGAGCUUCGAGAUGUGCGGGCGUCUUCAGAUCGUGCUCGUCGCUCACUGUGAGCAGUCGGAGAUCAACGACGCCGCUGCCGCUCAGCACCCCUAUGACGGCCCUGCUUCGCACUCGCUGCGGCGCCCCGCAGAUUCGGAGGUAGCUUCCGUGCAGAGCGCCAUCGCCCUGGCGCGCCAGUACCGCACGCCGCUUCAUCUCGCCCACGUCUCGGCGGCGCAGAGCCUCGACGUUGUCCGCGAGGCCCGCGCGGCCGACCCAACGCUGCAGCUCACCUGCGAGGUGAGCCCACAUCACCUGUUUCUCACCACCUCCGACUACUCGUGCUGUGGCGCGCGUGUAAAGGUGAACCCGCCGGUCCGACCGCCGCAGCACCAUGAGGCGCUUUGGGCCGGGCUCUUGGACGGCACCGUAGACUGCAUCGGCACUGACCACGCGCCGCACACGAUCGCCGAGAAGGACCACUGCGACGCCGCCGCCCAGCCACCAAGUGGGAUGCCGGCCAUUGAAGUUGUGGUUCCACUGCUGCUGACCGUGGUGGCGGGCCAGUGGCCGCACCCGACGGCGGCGAAGCCGUCUACGCUCGCUGCGGCGGAGCAGCAGGGGCGCACGCUGACGCUGGACGACAUUGUACGCGUGCUUCACACGAAUCCGAAUCGCAUCUUUAAUCUGCAACAGACCGACACGCCGCACCGCUCCUUCGACCUUGCGUGCGAGUGGACUGUCCGCGGCGAGGAGCUACACUCCAAGUGCCAAUGGACCCCGUACGAGGGGUGGCGCCUGCGCGGACGCGCCAUGGCCAAGUAG